GCCGGACAGCAGCACGGAGAACCAACACAGAGGGGAUGAUCUCUUUAUAUUUAUAAAUAAAAUCGACGUCAUAUCUCCACAGAAUGAAGUUUCCUUACUCGUAGAUUCGUGCGGAUAUGGUGAGGGGAAGGUGUCUCAUGCUGCAUUAGUGGAAUAGUGACAUGCUGGCCUGUCUGCCAGCAUCAGGUGACCCUACCAUUCGACUUCUCUCCCAUACGCAGAUGAACACUGGACUUCAGAAAUGGGAAACUACACAGAAGAUGAGAUCUGCCAGCUAUCCAACCCCAGCAGAGUUGGAUGCCUAUGCUAAGAAAGUUGCCAACAACCCUCUUACCAUUCAGAUUUUCCCCAACAGUGUCAAAGUACCUCAGAGGAAGCACAUUCGCCGCACAGUCAACGGGCUUGACACUUCUUCAUCCAGUCAGCGCCACAGUCCCUACCCCUCUCAGGUCAGCUCCAGUAGGGGCCUUCUGGCUGUCCUCCGCGCACCAGCCAAAGGUGUCAUCAAAGAUUUAGACGGUAGCCGCACCCGGCAGCUUCACAAAGCCGUCAUGAACCCUCACAGUGGGCCUUACGCCCCUCAAAGCACUUUAAAUCUCCCUCAGCCUGCUCCUCACCUGCCAGGCCCAUCUAACCCAGGGGCCCAGGCUGCCCAGAAGCAGGGCAUGAUGCACCCACAGGCUCUUCAGCAACAGCAAAGCUUGCCUCAUCCAAUGACUUUACAGCAGCCUCAAACUUUGCCUCACCCACAGGCUUUACAGCAAAGGAGCAUGGCUCACUCACAAGCUCUGCAGCGGCAGCAGAGCUUAACCCAGGCUCAGACUUCCCAGCAGCAAAGAUUGGCUCUCCCACAAGGCAUACAGAGGCAGCAGAGUCUGCCUCACACUCAGGCUCUACAGCAGCAGCAGAGCCAGACGUGUCCCCCAGUGGUACCACAGCAGCAUCUUUCUCAUCUGCAGAAACUCAAGCAUCAGACGGCCCCUCCGCAAGCUUUACUCUCACAGCAAGGAGUGACUCAGGACCUACGCCACAUGUCUGAUGGAGCUCAGCUAUCGAACCUGCAGCACACCCAGGGUCUAGUUAGCUCACAGCCCCUUCCCCAAGCUGUGGGUGCCGGACCUCCUACCAUACCUAAUAGCCUCCAGCAGCCCCCACCAGGGGCUUAUGGAUCCCGGAAGCUGCCUGACGCAGAUGCCCCACCAAAUGUCACUGUAUCUACCUCCACCAUCCCACUGUCCAUGGCAGCCAGCCUGCAUCAGAACAGGCCUGGCGACCUGAGCAGCAUUGUGCACCAAAUCAACCAGAUGUGCCAGGCACGGGCUGGCAUGGGCACCACCUCAGUCUGUGAGGGUCAGAUUGCAAAUCCCAGCCCCAUCAGCCGUAACCUGCUGAUCAACGCCAGCUCAAGGGUGUCCUCUCACCAUCCAGGUCUGGGCUCUGUGCCCAGCUGUCUCAUGGUGGGACCCUCAGACAAAGCUACAGCUCAGACUUCUAGUGCUGUUCUACAUCCACAGCCCACUACAGCUGCUACUAACAGUAUACCUGCCUUUCACACAGACCCAGAGAAGGUACACCUACAGCAGCAGCAGCAGCAGCUUCAGCAUCAUUUACAUCAACAGAAACAACAACAGCUACAGCAACACCAACAUCUACAACAACUACAGCAGCUGCAGCAGCAGCAGCGCUCCUGGGCCCAACAUCAGCUGGCCCACAUGCAGCAGCCCCCUGAGGGGGCCCAUCCAUGCAAGAACCCGAGGAUGGAGCCUCCGGCUGAGUGUUCUUUUCCCUCUGGAAACCUCAACUACCCCCACAAGCUACCAAACACAGCACAGUCCUUUUCUCUGAAACACCCGGCAGAAAAACCAAGACCAUCAUCGCCUAUUAACUGCCCAGUGGGUUCUAUGCCUUACAUUAAUGGCCACUACAUGCAGCCAUCAUGGGGCAACAUCCCAGCCACAGCAGGUAACAAUGGAUCCGGCCCUCAGGACCUCCCAGUGGCUUUCCAGGGAGGGCAAGCUGCUGCCACCACCGACCGCAUCCCAGGGGCAAAGUACCGGCCAGGAAAAGAAGGUCAUUCUGGCCAGUCCAAGUUGAUGCAGAAUGUGGAUUUUUUAGGAGGGGACUUCCAAAUGCCCAGCUUCCAGGAGCAGAGCAUGGAUGUGAUGCAGAAAAUGCACAGGUCAGCCAUGGGCCAAGUUCAGGACCCAAACAACGGUGGAGGUCUCCACAGUCAUCAUCCAGGCUACCGCUAAAGUGUGCACUUUCCCCCCUAUGGUGUGUUCUGAGUUCUUCUCAAUAGCUACGUUCAGCUACUGUGGUUUAUUCUUUAAGAUCUUGCAAGUGAUCAAUUCCAUUUUAAUGCUCCAGAGCUUGAUUUGUAGACCCUCUAGGUUGUGAUUUUUCAAAGUAUUCCUCAGGUCUUAAGCCAUGCCAUACCUUUGUUGCAGAUGAAGGGUUUUUAGAGAUUGUUCUCCAACAUCGAGUAGGAUUCCUGUGUUCAUCACUGGCAUGGAUGUGCUGCUCUUUCUUCAUGUGUAUAUGGUGUUUUAACAUAUUAAUUUGCAUCUUGCCAUGAUUGUCACAGUGCUUUUCAUAGGUUGACAUGGAACAACUCAACUUUAUUCAGCAUUUGUGGCCUUACAACUGCCCAAAGGCAACAUUUAGGAUGUCUUGUGUGAAGUCUUUUAUUCGCAUUUAUUUAUCCUCUUAACAGGUUUGUGAUCCAUUUAACUACGGUUACAUUAUAUGCAAUUAAUAAGACUGUUUAUACGGUUUAUGUCCCAAGAGCUCACUGUUAUAGUUGAGGUGUAUGUCUGUUAAAGAGCAGAGAUGAGAACUAAAACACUAUCAGAAAUACAACAUGGUUUCUGAAACUUCCCCCGUGACUGGUCCUGUUAGUUUGUGCAUCGUCUCGUGGGGGAAUAUUGGCUGCAGAAAUAGCUGGCGGUCACUGUUGUGCAGAAUUUUAGUGAAAUUGAAAAGCCAGCGCUCGCAAACACGGCAACAUUCUCAAUUUCUGCAUUUAUUUAACUUCUGAAGUAGUUUUUCUAGGUUUAGAAGGUCUAAAGUGCCCUGUUGUGUGUAUUAUUUAACAAUUGUUUUGAGGUAGUUUUUCUUUUAUUUCGUGUUUUUGUCUUAUUUCUCUAGAUGGUCCUACUUGAAUUGUAGAAAUGACUUUUUAAAUGUUAUGCCUAACAUUUGGCAAAAGGAGCAGAAACUCCCCUAUUUGUCUGUAGCUAAUGUGAAAGAGAACAGCAUCCCGUUUAUGUUCCAAUAAUGUUUGUGUUUUAGUAUGUGAAAGCAAAUUGAUCACUUGCAAGCAUGCAAGUACUUCAAAUAAUGCAAGCUGGGAACACGCUUCAUUUCCCCUCUGACACAUUUCCUCACCACUUUACUACUGUAAUACAAGUGAACUGAUGUGACGUGGACAAUAUCUGUGUGGCUUGUGGUGGGCUUUCCGUCUACAAAUCACCAGCCCUGUGUUGUAUUUCUGCUACCUAUAAAGAUAAAAGUGGGAAUGCAGGUUGUGUGUUGUAAGAUGUGUCUAGCAUGAAGCUCUGGACCCGUUUCCUCCUCGAGUCUUUUCGGGUUGAUGUUGUCUGGACAUACGUUGUUCUACAUCUUCAAUCCUUCUGGGAAAAAAAGCCUUAAAUGUCACAGAAAUAUUCUACAUGAUACUAAGCCUAUCUGACAUUCUUUAGCAGGAUUUGUAGUAUGUACGGCUUCAUUGUGUUAUUCUUUUUUUGUUUGGUUCAUUUGAAGCAGGCUCUACAUCUGUGCUGUCAGAUCAUUGGGUGAUCUUGGCGUGUCGAGUUGGAGGGGUUAAAGCAAUGUUGCCUUAAAUAUUAAGGUAAUAAUGCUUGCCAUGGUGUUAAAAAUUACCCACCUUACUGUCCAAACUGUUGCCUAUCUAUCAAGGAUUUCAGAUGAUUUUAAGAGUAAAAUAUGAAUAGUAUUUAGCAGAUUAAAUAGGUGUGUAGAACAGGGCUGAAGCAGUUAUUUUAAAGUCUUUGGACUGUGUUUUAGUUGUUAUACUUAUUAAAUAUUCCUAUAUAGUUUAAUUUAUUGUUAUUUUGUUUUUGGACCACUGCAUCCUGAAGCCAUAGGUGUUUUCACAUUAGGUGCCAUAGGUGACGCAGAUAGCGUAAACUGAACAGUCUGCACUCAGAGGCAAAUAAGAGUUUUGCAACCGCGCUUUAAUCUGAUGUCUUUCACAUUGCUCUGUGUUUUUCCUUCUUUGGAGUUUUUCUAAGAAUCAAGUUCAUGAGAAAAGGGAGAAAAAGAGGCAACAUGAGGCAUCAUCUUUAGAGGAAAAACAGCAAAGAUUUAAGCGGUAGCCUUUCUGGAUUUUGGUCUUCAUUCUUCUUGAUGGCAGUUUUGGUUUUUGUUGGGUUUUUUUUGUUUUUUGUUUUUUUUCCUGGCUCUCAUUUUUGAUGUGCCUGCCCCUUAAAGCUGCUAUUGACUUCAAUCUUAACACACACUAGUAUGAUUUGUGUGUGGAUGUGUAUGAAUAGUUAUGAUGUAUGGGCUGUAUCAGUGAAAAUGAGUCCCUCUUUAGGGGAUGGGUGCAGGAUGAAAAAGCCACCGCUCAAAUGCUGGGAAAUGAGGAUGUUUCUUGUAAAGCAGUGGUUCUCAACUGGUGGGAGCUAAACGUAUACCUGUACUCAAAGCAAUGUUAGAAAGUCUGUGGUGUACUGAAGCCCUGAGCAGACAUCCACCUAUAUACCUUAGUUUAUUCCAUUUUGCUGUGUAGAGUUGAUACCAUUGUUAAAUCAGUACUUUUUAUCCGUUGAAAAAGUCGGCUGGAGAAUGAAAAGCUGUCUGGGUAUCAUAACUGAUUCACAGAAAUAUCUGUGUAAGAUGCCAGUCCCACAUGGGAGAAGAAAAGGAAAUCGGUGUAACUUAACACAUGAAUCACACAAAUUCAAUGAUGUAUUUCUUGUCUUUUAUUUGGGAUUGCAUUAGCGUGGCAGGGUAUUGAGAUGAAGCAUCCACAUCUCUGUUGUAUUCCGCCAAGUCAGUAUCACAUGUGUUACCAGUACCAUGUCAGCACCGUAUUUCAACACUCAUCCUUAUUGCUAUAAUAAGCACAUUUUGGUUGUUCUCUUGAGAUCUUCUUCAUCUCAUUAUUUUUGGAUAACUAAUCUGGCUUUCCAAUGGCAAUGUCUAAAUUUCUUGAUCUCUUCAGAAAACAACCAAAAUAUACAUGCUAUCAUGGGAGUAAAAAAAAAAAACUAAGGCAUGCAUGUCCUCCCAGAGCUUCUGUAAUGAUGUGCUUUGUAAAUAGAGGUGCACAUCAAAAUAUGGCACCGGUUCCAACACAUCUGAUAUUGAACCAAAUUACAACACAGAUAUAAAUAUUUGAUUUCCAUCCCUCACCACCCCUUGGUAGCCCAAAUGAAAGGCAAGAAAUGGAUUGUGGAGUUUGUGUGAUUUAUGUGAUCUGAGUGUAAUGUCUUUAAAUUGUUUUACCUAAAUGUCUGCCUGCUUUUUGCUACCGAGGAAAUAAUCACAUUGACUGGCACAUUUACUUUUUUUUUUUUUAAUCUCUGAUGCAACGCCAGUAUAGGAAUUCUGCUUUUACACUGGUUUCCUUUUCUUAUCCCAUGUUCCACUGGCGUAUUUUAAAGAUUUGCCUACAAAACAAUUACGAUACCCAAACAGCUGCUAUUCAAACGCCGACUUUAAACGCUUUUCUUUUCUCUGAAUCUAUCGAUUCAGGUACAAUUUAGGCACUAUCACCAUAUAAAAAGCAUAAAUUCAGCAGCCGUAACAGAAAAAACCCUAACAAUACCCAACCUUAUUUGUAGAUCUUGUUUUCUUCCACCUUAAACCCAAACUGCAACAUUGUUCUUUAAAGACGAUUUUCUGGGGGCUUUUUUUCCUUUAUUGGACAGGACAGCUAAUAAGAGAGGAAAUAUGGGGAGAGAGAGUGAGGGAAGAUGUACACCAACAGUGCCAGGAUUGAGCUUCAGUUCUGGGACCAGUGUGUUAAGGACUGAAUAGAUGCCCUGCUCUACCAACUAGCACACCAAACUACUACAUUGUUCAUUAAAUGGUUUUGAUUGAAGUUUCCAGAAAUUCUGGUGGCAAUUUCUCUUUAAGGGCAGAAGGGUGGUUCAGUGGAUAGCACUGUUACCUCACUGCAAGAAUGUUCCCUAUCAAAGACAGCCUUUAUUUCUUUUUUUUUUCUUUUAUAUGCUUUUAUUUAGAGAGGACAGUGGAUAAAGUCAGAAACACGGAUGAGAGAGUGGAGUAGAGACACGUGAGGAGUCAUGGGUAGGACUUGAAUCUGGGCUGCCCGCAAAUAUGGGUUGCCAGUUGCGACCUAACCACAUGGCCAUCUCCCCAGAGAGAGAGAGCCUUUCUGUGUGGAAUCUGCAUGUUCUUGCUGUGUAUGCAUGGGUUUUCUCUAGGUACUCUGGCUUCCUCCCACCACCUUCCUCAUUAGGCUGAUUGGUGAUGCUAAAUUGCCUGUGAGCGUGGGCCUGACUGCUUAUUUGCAUGUUAGCUCUGCGAUUGACAGGUGGCCAGUCCAGCAUGUAACCCCAUCAGCUGGGAUUCCAGCCUCCUGCUACCUUGAACAGGAGAAGCAGUGUAGCUAAUAGUUGGAUUUAUUUAGAUUCAGACCAGUUGAGAACCACUGCAUAGAUUAUUAGAUUAAAUACACAAGAGUUGACCAGCUUUCACGGUGGCAGUGAUUUUCAGGGGUCUGACCUACAGUGGCCUAAAGACGAACACUUUCAAGGCCUGUUUUGGUUCCUUAAUUUCAGAAAUGAACACUAAACAAUUUGAGAGACCUGCCCCAUUUAUUUUGAACUGCCUCGUUACAGCCCGACAUAGUCAGGUUCUACAGUUUCAUAUGAAGUGCCUCCACUGGGCUUAGUUUGGAGAAGUGUGUGAGCGGAUGCUUGCGUGCGUGUAUGUUAAGCUUGGGUACUUGCACACAGGUGUGCACACUAACAAAUGUGCACAAAGUUAAUCUAUGAUGGGGGACCAAGCUACUUAGUGUAACUACUGAUACUGUGUCAUGGACUGAAGUCCUGAAGUGUGCCACGAUUCCUAGACGCUGUCGGGAUGUGUGAACUGUUUGCUGCUGACUCACUGACCAAAGUGACCAAGCGUCCCUCUCUGUAACCACCCCAGCCAAAAGCCUCUGCAAGCUUGCUUUGGGAACUUAAGGUGUCCUGACAGUAAUAAGCAACAACCUGGAGACAUAAAGGAGAGCUGCAUUUGGACGGUCAAAGAAAACCUUGUGAAGUUGAAGUGUUAAGAUGUGAACAGAGAAUUAAAAAUCUAGAGUGAAUUGUUUCUACCUGCAUGGUUAACCCACAGCAUAACUUCUGUGGUUUCAUUUCACAGUAUUAUCAUGCAGAAAGUCACAACACACUGUAAGAAUCGAAUCUACUAAAGCACAUUGUAGCUCACCAUGUCAGCUGACUGAGAUGGCAAUAUUUACUGAGUGCAGGUAUGAAACAAUUCUCUCUAUAUUUAUUUUUACUCCUGAUUAAUAUGAUUAUCUUUGAUUAUUAAAGAUAUUUCAUGUUGUGAACGGUGGUGGAGGGGGGCUUACUUUUUCUACUUUGUGAAAUGUGAUAUUCCAGUUUUGCCUAACCUUCAGGAAUAAAAUGUCUUGCACAAACAUUCCCCCUAACCAAAAUAAAGU